AUGCCCAUGGGCUCUGAGUUCACGCCUGUAGAAACAGGCAAGAUUUGUGGGCUUCGCGAGGCAGGUUGGACGUUUACGGCAAUUGCUGCGCACCUAGGGAGGUCGCCAGCCGGUGCCCAAGAAGGUGUGCGAAAGGACCAAGCGGCACAUCUUCCUCGAGGCAAAGAAGGCUGGAGCGUCGUCAAACUCCGUGAAGACGUCGUUGGGGCUUAA